AGUGUUGGAAAAAUGGCGGCGGCAGAGCUAAUACGAGCGUUAAAUUCACUAGCAGAUGAAGUGGAGCGUGAACAGAGAAACGGUAGUAUUUCCGAAGAUUAUUACGCGUAUGUAGGUGAUAGAACCAGUACGCUUUUGGAGCGUCUGGGAGAAUUUUCUGCCUUAUCAGGCGCCGACACCCGUUUGGCUGCUGACCUCUUAAAGGUGGUGGAAGAACAAUUGUAUUCGGAUAGGCCUAGGGGAGUGGGGAGACCAGCCGUGGAGAUCCCUGGCAAGGCUAUAGAGGGGUAUCUUAUGUAUGGGUUAAAAGUUAAAGAUAUCGCGGCCUUGUAUGGAGUUAGUCGAUGGACGGUACAUCGACGAAUGCAGCAGUGUGGACUGAAAGUUUCAGAGUUGUACUUUGAAAUUCUGGCAUUGACAAUACAGAACUGGACAGUUUGGUGAUGGAAAUUCAAAGGGAGCACCCACGGUGUGGGUACCGUAUGAUGAGAGCUUUUCUCCAAGCAAGUGGACAUUUGAUUCAGUUUUUUAGGGUACGUGAAUCACUACACAGAGUGGACCCAGAGGGAACACAACUUCGAGCCCUGACUAACCGGACUCUUCAUCGCAGACAGUACUCAGUUCCUGCUCCGAAUUGCAUGUGGCAUAUAGAUGGAAAUCACAAAUUAAUACGCUGGCGAUUCGUGAUCCAUGGAGGUAUUGAUGGGUUUAGUCGUCUUGUAGUAUAUCUGAAUGCUGCUACUAACAAUAAUGCCACCACUGUGCUGGAUGCUUUCCUUGGUGCUGUUAGCCAGUAUGGGUUGCCAUAUCGUGUUCGUUCAGAUAAAGGAGGAGAAAACAUUGAGGUGGCUCAAUUUAUGGUACAGAACCGUGGAGAAAACCGCAAUUCUCACAUUACGGGAAGGAGCGUUCACAAUCAGAGGAUUGAACGUCUUUGGCGAGAUGUAUACACACAAGUCCUUGAUUUGUUCCACGCAUUGUUUUACCAUUUGGAAGUGACUGGACUGUUGAACCCUGAUGAUGAGAUCCACCUUUUCGCUCUGCAUUGGACCUUUUCCUCCCAGUUACAACAUCAGCUUAACACUUUUAAAGAAGCAUGGAAUUUGCACAGACUGAGAACGGAGAACGGUCGAUCUCCAUAUCAACUGUGGCUGCAAAACAGAGAUGCUGCCGAUGAUUUAGGGACUGUUGAUGAGGACUAUGGUGUUGACUGGGAUGGACCACAUGCCAUGGAAGAUGCAAACAGCAUUUCAAUCCCAGAUGUGCAGUUGCCACGCAGCCUCACUGCAGAGGAGAUUUCAGGUCUUCCCGACCGGGAUGUUCCCCUAAAUGACACAGUGAAUGUUUAUAAUUCCACAGUGGCACAACUGACAGAGAUGUUGAGAUAUUAGAUGUUCUUGUUUUGAGCAUUGAGGACUGACACCAUGAACUGACAUUCUUUUGG